AUGAUGGCUGCCAAUGAAGAAGGACCGGAACUCAUGAUCCAUGAAGACAAUCAGUCGUGUAUCAAGAUUACGAAGAACCUGGUCAAGCACGGCCGUGCCAAGCACAUUGACAUAAAGUAUCAUCACAUCCGUGAUGAGGUCAAGCGCGGUGAAGUGAAGCUCAAGUACUGUGAAACUGCGGUGAUGUUAGCGGACAUCAUGACGAAGGAACGUCAUGGGCCACGCCACAAGGAGAUGACGGCGGCUCUCGGGAUUCGUGCGUGUUCGCAUUGA